CUCAUGGUGGUACAUUCCACGUGCCAAGGUAUGAGCGCAAUUCCUUAUUGAAGCAUGAGCUUAAUAGUGCUGAAAAUGCACGGAUCGAACCACGGAUGGGAACAGAAAUUGCACAGUCUCGACUAAAGAGUUGUUCACGGUGUUCACGGAUGAGGCGUGAAUCCUGGAUUGCUGCUUCGGAUUUGUACUUGCAGCUGAAUGUCGAGUCCGGGACCGUACUCUGCAGUCAACCACUUCAAAAGCCGGCCCCGGCAGGACACACUCACGAAUCUUCAGCUUCAGCUCAUUCACAGUUUAACCUUCAUCUCUCUUGUGCUGCUCGGCACCCGAGGAGUCGCAGCCGCUUAGAAUUCACCGAGAGCGCCUCCCGAAGCUACUUCUUCUUGACAUUACAUCGAUUGCUCUUGUUGUCUAGCGAAUCAGUGAAGCAGCAGUGCCUUCUGCUGUGCUGAAUUCACAGACCUCAAUGACGACGUGUUGUUUCUAAUUCUCGUUCAACCUCCAAGCUCUCAUCCUUCACAUUUGCUUGAUACCUUGACAGAUUCAUUGAGCGAACAAUCAUGGUGGCCCAAAUACAGUCCUCUAUGCUUCUGGUAAUUGGACUGGCAGUGGCGUUCGCGACCAUGGGGCACGCUCAGUUGUCCGAGACUUACUACGCAAAAACCUGUCCAGGUGGUGCGCAAGCUGUUGCACAAGUUGUGAACGACGCCGUUCGCAGUGACAGGAGAAAUGCAGCUGCUCUGCUCAAGCUGCAAUUCGUCGAUUGCUUUGUCCUUGGAUGCGACGCCUCGAUUCUGCUGGCCUCCACUAAAUAUAAUGUGGCAGAGAGGGAUGCACUUCCAAAUCGCAACCUCCGCGGGUUCUGGAUCAUCGAUCAAGCUAAGGCGGCACUCGAGAGAAUCUGCCCGGAGGUUGUCUCCUGUGCCGAUAUCGUGGCCCUGGCAGCGAGGGAUGCCAUCACUGCGAUUGGAGGACCGAGAUGGAAAGUACCUCUCGGUCGUAGGGAUGGAUCAACUUCUCGAGAGAGAAAUGCAGUUAUCAACCUUCCCAGACACAAUAUGACCUACACUCAGCUCUGGGACAACUUCAGAAAGUAUGGCUUCAGCGAAGCCGAAAUGAUUGCCCUUUCAGGUGCGCAUACGAUCGGAGUCACCCCUUGCAGCGGCGUCACUCCCCGCAUCUACAACUACCCUGGUAGCGCCAGUGGUGCAGACCCUUACCUCAACAGCAGUUAUGUGUGGGAGAGGAGAUGGAUGUGCCCCAACAGUUUGAGCACAGCGAAGAAUCUCGUUGCUCUGGAUGUCAGCCGGGGAGGCCAGACCUUCGACACAAACUAUUACGCCAAUGUUCUGCAGCACAAGGCCGUGUUUAAAGCCGAUGAUGCUCUCAUUUCCACAUGGAAUGGCAGAAACAAGGUGUUGGAUCUCUCAAAAUCCCAGUCCAAGUUCUUUUCGGAGUUUGCACUGGCCAUGGAGAAACUCGGAAGGCUCAAGGUCACCUUCGCACCCUAUGGACAAGUUCGCAAAUUCUGCUCCAGGAGAUACGGUGAAUGAAGAACCCCAGCUAUACCCUGCUCGAUUUUAGAAAAUUCAUUGAGGACUAAGUGCUUGCUCAGCUCAAACGAGAAAGCUAACAUCAAGGCUUGGCAUGUAAUUGAAGAACUCUCUGCUCCGAACGAGGGCAAAUGCUCAGUUUAAAAUCUCUAACAUUUAGCGACAGUAGACAGCAGAACCAGUAGCUUCAUGAUCUUUCUUGGACGAUGUACGGUCAUCCUCGGAACGAUUCUCCUCAUAUCGUCAUUUUUGCCGGCCAUCAAGAAUCAAUUGUCAAUUGAAACUCUAACAAUCAGAAUAUGUAGCCUUUUAAAAUAGUAAAAUUGAUUCGUUAGGAGUUGGACAGUAAGCAGAGGACAGGAGAUGCUUACUGUAAUUAAUGACUGAGUCUCAACAACCACAUUGCUGUAUUCAUUCUCUUCAUCGUAUGAAUAAAUUUUUAUAAC